UAAAUCAGCACCAGUUUGUUAUUAGACACAUUUUUCCAAAAAAAUAUUUGGUUUUAAAGGGAUUUCGUAAAUGUUAAAAAUCGAGAUUAAGUGGCUCAAAGUCAUGCAGUGUGAAUAGUUGGUGAGUUUCUCUAUAUUUUUAUUUACUUUUUGUCUUCAUCUCCUGAUUAAAAAAAUAUAUCGGAUAGUAAGUUUAGGUAAAAUGGCAUUUUUCUAUUUGCUGUCCAUGUGCUGUACAGGCAGUGUCUGUUUCUGGUGUGGUUUUUCCUCAAUACUGUGUCUGUUUACACUCAUGUCUUUAUUUAUAUGUGUAGAUUUAAUAUAUGCUCUUUAAAAUCGAGCUUGUUCUCUUUUAAAUUCUACGAGAAUGUUUGUUUGAUCCAGGCUUUUGAUAUUGUUAAGACAUUUCAUGUGUUGUAUAUCCACGUUUUGGCAUUUAUUGUCAGAGUUAUUAGAGUUUCCUAAUUGAACUCUGUCUUGCUGUUUACCAGUGCCACCGCUGACAUUGUUUCUCCACUCUGUUCAUAUGAUGUCAUAUAACUGACGUCACAGUUCGACAACAGAUGAUGUUGAGCGGUUUCUUCACAUGUUUGUCUGGUUAUAUUCACCAUGAUUCAGUCAUUUGCGUUGUCUUGUACAAGUAUAUUAUUUAUAGAUUGGUCAAAUUUGUGUUCUUGUGAUCUGGAAGGACAUCAUGCGCACACGAGAAUGUUUUCUUUAGAAAAAAAUGCGAAUGGACUGGGUUUACAGAUUAGAUGUGUAUAGGUAUGUAAUUUAAUUUACUGCUUUCACGAACAACAGACCCUUAAAAAAAGCAACAUCACGAGGCUCAUUCAAGUGCUUUUAGACAAACGAACAUUUGCGAGGUUCAAUUUAAAGUCUGAAAUAUAGAUCGAUAAAAUAGUCUAAUUUUUAGAUUUUCUGCUCAUGUAUGAUCAAUUGUAAGUCAUGUAUCAUGUUUCACGAUUCGUGUUACUAUUGAGUUUUUCAUUAUUUUUAGUCCUUAUUCUUUCAUUUUAAAGAGUUUACAGUUAGUCUAUGGUGACAUUUAAAGAAAUAAAUAAGAAACUGACUUGUUCUAACAACUUGUUUUAUCAAAUGCAUUUUUAUCGUUUUUUUUUUUUUUCUUUCUUUUUUUUUCUAACAUCACUUUGUGUGGCAUUCGGAUGUUUGUAAUAGACUCUGACAAAAUGUUGCUUUUUUAUGUAAUUUUGCGUUUUUCUCAUUUAUGUCUCUUAUGUGAAUGUGGCUUAUGAAGACAAUUACAUUCUGAUGUCGAUAUUUUUAAAUGCAAUUUAAGUAGAAAUGGAAUUUGCAUUGAGCAGGUUUUAUUUUUGCUGUCCAUGGUGCUGCAUCAGCAUUAUUCUUGGUAUUAGGAUUUUUUUGCUCCUAAAUAACGUAGCCCUCUAUACCACUGUAUUCUUUCUUUCUUUUUGUAUAAGUACCUUAAUUGUAGUGGGUGUUUUUUAAUCUCCCAAUCUUCAGUGAAUGUCGUUGCUUGUUCUUGAUUCUCAAAAUACUUCAGUAUAUGCCAAGUUCGGUGUAUAUUCCAGCACUUAAUCCUAUCAGAGAUAUGAAUGUCAUGCAGUUUCUUACUUUAACUCACAGUGUCGCUGUUCACCUGCAAAACCAUGUGUGUGUUCAGUACACAUCUCUCCACCCUGAUUCUGAUGUCAUACACAGGGCUUUGAGCUCGCCUCAUUAUAGAAAAUCGUCGACGGAGACUGCCUCAUAUACUGUACUUCUGUCUACAUUUCUAAAUUUAGAUUUACAUUUAUGUUCACGUUUUACAUGUACAUUGUUGUGUUCCUGGAUUUAAUUUCUUAGGCAUUUCAAACGUUCUUCUUUGCUGUCGAGAUGUUUGGUCUUUUGUUCUUCGUGCUGAUCAUGGCGCACACCGCUUAUGGAGACGUGAGCUAUUCUUUCCCGGAGGAGAUGAAACGCGGAUCUGUGAUUGGAAAUAUAGCAAAGGAUCUCGGACUCGAUGUGAACAGACUGUCAUCUCGUAAGGCUCGCAUUGAUACUGAAGGUAACAGAAAACGAUACUGUGACAUUAAUCUGAAUACUGGAGAACUGACCGUAGCGGAGAGAAUCGACAGAGAGGAGAUCUGUGGCGACAGGGUUUCAUGUGUUUUAAAAUUUGAGUUCAUGCUAGAGGAUCCAUUAGAGCUGCACCGUGUUUCAGUUCAAAUUCAGGAUAUUAACGACAAUUCGCCUGUUUUCUCAAAGGAUUUGAUCACAUUUGAAAUUAGGGAAUCUGCUGACCGAGGUACUCGCUAUCGCUUGAAUUCGGCUCAUGAUGCUGAUGUAGGACAGAAUGCAGUUCAAAAAUACAAUCUACAAAGAAAUGAUAACUUUCAACUGGCUGUUAAUUCAAAUGUAGACGGAGAAAAGAAUUUGGAAUUACUGCUAGAGAAAGAGUUGGAUCGUGAGCAGCAGAAAGAGGUGACAUUAAUUCUCACUGCGGUAGACGGCGGGACUCCACCGAGAUCAGGUACUGUAGCCAUACACGUCACUGUGCUGGAUGCUAAUGAUAAUGCUCCAGUCUUUAGUCAGGCCGUCUAUAAAGUCAGUCUGCCUGAAAAUUCUCCUGUAGAUACUGUAGUGGUGACAGUGAGCGCUACUGAUGCUGAUGAGGGACAAAAUGGAGAAGUGACGUAUGAAUUUGGUCGUAUCUCUGACAGAGCUAGAAAGCUGUUCUCGUUAGAUCCACGUACAGGUGAUAUUCGAGUUACAGGUGCACUUGAUUUCGAAGACGAAGCGGUUUAUGAAUUACGCGUUGAAGGGAAAGAUGGAUUUGGUUUAUCCAGUGACGCUAAAGUUGUAAUUCAACUUACAGAUGUUAAUGACAAUGCUCCUGAGAUACGUUUGAAAUCUUUACGUAGUCCCGUUCCUGAGAACGCGUUACCCGGUACAGAGGUCGGCAUCAUUAAUGUUCAGGACAGAGACUCUGAGAAUAACGGACAGGUGCGCUGCUCCAUUCAGCAGAACGUCCCAUUUAAACUCGUUCCUUCGAUCAAAAAUUACUAUUCUCUGGUGACCACAGGUGAAUUAGACCGCGAGCUGCUCUCUGAUUAUAAUCUUACAAUCACUGCUACUGAUGAGGGCUCUCCGCCUUUAUCUUCCACUAAGAAUCUUCACUUGACUGUAGCUGACGUGAAUGAUAAUCCACCUGUAUUUCAGGAGCACAGUUACAGAGCUCAUGUGCAAGAAAAUAACAAACCGGGCUCCUCUAUUUGUUCAGUAUCAGCUACAGACCCGGACUGGAGACAGAAUGGCACUGUAGUUUAUUCUCUGUUGUCCUCUGAUGUCAAUGGCGCACCGGUGUCCUCCUUUCUCUCCAUUAACGGAGACACCGGGGUCAUUCAUGCCGUGAGAUCGUUUGAUUACGAACAGCUGAAAAGUUUCAAAGUGCUCGUGUUAGCCAGAGACAACGGUUCUCCUCCUCUGAGCAGUAAUGUGAGCGUGAGUGUCUUCAUAUCGGAUGAGAAUGACAACUCCCCUCAGAUAUUAUACCCCUCUCCGGAGGGAAACUCCUUCAUGACCGAGAUGGUGCCCAAAGCUGCGCAGGCGGGCUCCCUGGUCUCCAAGGUGAUCGCCGUGGACGCGGAUUCUGGCCAGAACGCGUGGCUCUCGUAUCACAUUAUUAAAGCGACUGAUCCGGGACUUUUCACUAUCGGUGUCCACAGCGGGGAGAUCAGGACGCAGCGGGACAUUUCUGAAUCUGACAGCAUGAAACAGAACCUUAUUGUGUCCGUGAGAGAUAACGGACAGCCCUCUCUCUCAGCCACGUGCGCGUUGUAUUUACUCAUAUCAGAUAACUUGGCUGAAGUUCCAGAACUGAAAGACAUGUCUCAUGACGAGAGCAGCUCCAAACUGACGUUUUAUUUGAUCAUCGCGCUGGUGUCCGUUUCCACUUUCUUCCUGACCUUCAUCAUCAUCAUCCUGGCUGUGAGGUUUUGUCGCAGGAGAAAGCCCAGACUGUUGUUUGAUGGAGCUGUAGCCAUUCCCAGCGCGUAUCUCCCUCCAAAUUACGCAGAGGUGGAGGGCGCGGGAACUCUCCGCAGCACUUACAAUUAUGACGCGUACCUGACCACGGGCUCGCGCACUAGUGACUUCAAGUUCGUCAGAUCUUAUAAUGAGGGCACACUGACUGCUGACCUGACUCUGAAAAAGACUCAGUCUGCUGUGGAUGAUCUUGAAGGGCUUGAUGCAGAAAUGAGCGACUCGUUUCAGCAAAAACCACCCAGCGGUGACUGGCGUUUCACACAGAACCAGAGGCCCGGGCCCAGUGGGGCUGCUGCCACUCCUGAGGUUGCCGUGGGAACAGGACCCUGGCCCAACCCCCCCACCGAGGCCGAGCAGCUCCAGGCGCUGAUGGCCGCUGCUAACGAGGUCAGCGAGGCGACCAACACUCUGGCCCCGGGCACCAUGGGUCUGAGCACCCGCUACAGCCCUCAGUUCACCCUGCAGCACGUCCCCGAUUACCGGCAGAACGUCUACAUCCCUGGCAGCACCGCCACUCUGACCUCCAACCAACAGCAACCCCAGCAGGCGCUGCCUCCACCGCAGGUCGCCGCCGCCGCGCAACCCGAGCCGCCCAAGGCUGCCCAGACGCCUGCCAGCAAGAAGAAAUCCACCAAGAAGGAGAAGAAGUAGAGCGCUGAGGCAUGGUAGAUACGUAGGGGUAAAAUUUAGGGAGGUUGAAAUAGCUGGACAACUCCAUCCUUUGCUGUCCUGAGGUUUGCUGGAAAAAUAUAGGGUAAAAAAAACUGUCAACGUAAACCCACUUCUCAGAUUCAUCUAACUGCUUUGCGUUUUAUUUUAUUUUCCUGCUCAAGUACUGUAAAAUCAUUUGCAUAUUAUUCUGAACCCUUUGAAAUUUCAGAUUUUCAUGCUCACGUUUGCCAAGUUUAUGCAACUUUUAAGCGACACUAUAUUCCUGCAUAUAUCUAGCCAAUAAUGUAUUUACCGUGGUCACCAUGACAUCUGGACAGAACGAGGAAAUGUAUUAUUAUAACAAUCAUGAUCUUGUUUAUACAAAGACACAGUGUCCAUUUCUGCAUUUCCUGACGUGCCCAGUAGGAUGAUGCGAUGUUUGUAAAACGCAUCAUGAUUAUUAUUACUUUUGUAAUUGUUUACUAAAAUACCACUAUGGACUUUUUUUUUUAAUUGAUUAUUUUAGGAGAAGUGUUCACAUAGAUGACAAUUCAGGUGAUUAUUGCUGCAUGCUGUUUUUUGCGCCAUAGAUAAUCGCCAUGUCACCUGACGUCUACAGACUUCUCACCAUCCGCUUUUAUUGUGUUUUCUUUCGAGUAAUCUAAGAAUGGAUUCCCCUGUGUAUCACUGAGCCAGAGAUUAGUUGUUGUUUUUGUUUUUUUAAACAUUAACUGAAUGUUUUUGGAGCAUUAGCGACGUCAGAGCCAUGACGGGAGCGUUGUGAAACCAGUUACCUGUAAGUCCAUAAGCACCUGCAGUGGAGUAUCGUCCUUAAUAUUCAGUAUUUCCAGGUCAUCCUGAAGUGUUGAAGCUCUUUAUCGGUUCUGGUUGUAAUUAGAUGAGUUAUUAACGAUGCUCGCUAUGAGUAUCUGCUGUUUUGAUGGUGACAAAACCUCCUGACAUUGAGUGGCUGACAUACGGCAGCAAUUUCCUGAUGCAAAGGCUGUUCUUUCUUUUGGCCAUGUGCAACAAGCUCAGUGAUUUCAAUAUGAAUGGAUUUAAAUUCAAUUUAGAAGGCAACUUGUGCACACCGAAUGUACAACAAGCACACGUUAAAUCCAUUAAAGAGUCAGUCGGAACUUUUGGAAAGCUGGUGUUCUAGAACUUUACUUAUGACGCAAAUAUUCCGUCCAAAUGCUGAUUCCGGAUCACUUUCGCAUUGACACGACGUUCCUUUGUAAAUAGAAAUCAGCCCUUAAAAAACACACAUGAAACCUUUUUAGAUUAUCUGCUCAAGAGGAAUGGCUUACUACUGGAAUGUCAUUUUAUUUUUUAGAAAAAAAUGCACAAAAAUAUCAAAAUGGAGUAAAAGGAAGAAAAAAAACAAACAUUUGACACUCUGUGUUACCAAUGUAGUUCUUUAGUACUAUGAAGGCCAACUAACGCACCUGUAAAUAAAGAGUUUAACUUUUACUUAUGAAAAUAAAUAGACACACUCUUAGUCUAGAAGUUGUGAUGUUAUGCAUAUAUUUUUGUGUUCAUCUUUCCUCUUUUCCUGUCACACUUUUCCAUGAAAAGACACAAAAUGGAGGACGAAUAGACCUAAAUGCCUCCGUUUAUUAAUUUUGUGAUCUCUGUUGUGCUUACAUGUGAGAAUGCUUCUUAAUGUCUAUAUGAAGAACCUGAAUAGAUCUAUUAUCUGUGUGUGUGCGUGUGUGUCUGCUGAUGCUGUAAUCCUGCUGUAACAUCGCUGAUAAAACGCUUUGAUUCCCGGCUCCUGUGUGCUACUUGCAUUUUAUAUGCUAAUAUUUAUAUUGCUGUUUUAUUUUAUUUUAUUUUUUUCUUUUCCUGACACUGACAUUUCAAAUAAAAAGUUCUCAAAUUA